GUAGAAUGUAAACAAAGAUGGCCGACGACGUUGCAACAAAAGACAAAGCAAAAAAGAAUAAAAAGACCAGACCAAAGUCUGGGAAGGCCAAACAGGAAGAUGAAAUUCCACUUGCGGAUAUGAAGAGCAACAGUUCUAAGUUUGACCAGCUUCUUCAGCAGGCAGUGGAUCAGGCCACAGAUGGAGCCAAAAAGAAGAAAAAGAAGAAGGCAGAGACAGAGGCUGUGCUGGAAUCUCUGAGGAAAGGAGAGGGUUUACAGAAGGAAGAGGACGCGGCCAUUAAAGCUAAUACCUACGACCCCGACAACAGUCCAAAAAAUGAAAAAAGUAACAAACGACGACAGAAGCUGCAGGAACAAGCAAAGGACAAUUCAGCUUUUGUAAAUGAUGAGGAGAAAGUUGAUAAUACCAAGAAGAAGAAAAAGAAAAAGCCCACUGAGAAAAUUGACACUGACACACUGAUUGAAGACAAAACUAUGACAAUAGAUGAGCUAGCCACAACACCGAAAAAGAAGAAAAAGCCACCGGAUGGUGAGACCACGACAGAAACUCCAACAAAGGCAGCCAGGAAGAAAAAGAAAGAAGCUGUCUCCGAAGAUGAGAGACCUUUAUCCCCAGCUGAGAGUGAACCAGCAGAAACAGGGAAGAAGAAGAAAAAGAAGCCUGCAGCUAAAAGUGAAGAUGAGCAGCCAUUAUCAGAGCCAACAUCUCCUCCAAGGUCAGAGAAGAAGAAGAAGAAGAUGAAAGAUGUGGAAGCUAGUGAAGAAGAACGUCCUUUGUCUCCAUCAGAGGAGUCAGUGACUGCUCCCAAGAAAGGGAAGAAGAAGAAGAAGAAAGGAGAAGAGACAGAAGAUGAGGACACCAGACCUUUAUCACCUUCUGAAGAAUCUGUACCCCCCACACCAACAAAAAGUAAAGGCAAGAAGAAAAAGGGGAAAGAGUCUGAGGAAGAGAGACCGAUGUCGCCGUCUGAGGAGUCUGUGGUAUCUGAUACAGCAGGGAAAAAGAAGAGGAAAAAGAAAGACACCAAGACUGAGGAAAAAGGUGAGGAGCAGACAGAGGAAAAGGCUGAGGCCAAACAGAAGAAGAAGAAGAAAAAGAAGAAGGGAGAGGAGGAUGAGGAAGAGAAAGAGGAAGGGGAGGAUCAAGAAGAGGGAGAGGAGGAUUUAUCACCAGAUGAAGAAACAGAUGUCAAAAAGCCAGCCAAGAAAAAAGACAAAAAGAAGAAAAAGGAGCCAGUGGAUGAGGCAGAGUUGGAGAGGAAACGCGAGGAGAGGAUGAAGGUGGAAGACGAGGGUGAGGUUUUGUCGGUGACGAUCCACCGGACGGAUAAACUAAAGAACGACUUCCACAUUCUCCACCCAGUGGUCAGAGUCCACAUUGUGGAUGAAGAGACAGGAACCUACCUCCAAAAACAACACAAGGACCGAGCGGUGACUGCAUAUUUUGAGACAGAGAACGAACAAGUCGACAAAAUCCUUCCAAUUAUGACCCAACCGUUUGAUUUUAAAGAGAGAAAGUCAGUGAUUCCUGUCUGGGAAGAGCUACUCCUGUUUAAUGAGAAUUUCAACUACUUUAUAGAGACAGAUCUUAAAGUCAUUGUCUUCUUUGAGGUGCUUGAUUUUGUGAGCAUGAACACUGCCAGUAAACAGUUUUCCAACCUAAAGCGAGAGGGAGGCUGGUACAGAAUAGCGUGGGCUUUCUUAAAGAUUCGUGGAAAUAAUGACAAAUUAAAUGUUGGUUCCAAAGUGAGGCUGCAGUUAUUCAUCCCUCCCAAUAACUCUCGCCCCAAACCCAACCAGCUGGAGGUCUACAAGUGGUGGAGAAGCAUGAAGAGGGAGCCUUACCCCUCCACUCUGUACGUCACCAUCAAAGGAAUCCACCCCCCACGGGAUGUGGAACCAGCCCUGAUGAGGUCCAUGUUUGCUACACAGGAGGAGGUUGGCCACCGUACAUACACAGAUCUGAAGAAAAGUACACAAUGGGGAGAAAAGAAAAAGGGAGAACAUAAAACUUUGUCCUCAUGGUCACGGUUGGCUGGUCAGACCUGCCGGAUUCCGAACACCCUCCAUGCUACCCUCCCAGCUGGGAGGAAGGGAUGUUUUAUGCUAAGGUUCUCACAUGAUGGGCGAAGCUUAGCUUGUGCUUGUAAUGAUAGAGAUCAGUAUCCGAUAUUAAUUUACGAGGUGCCAUCAUUUGAGCUGAGAGGAAAAUUAAAAGGCCACUUUGGCCUGGUGUAUGAUCUGAGCUGGUCCAAACGAGACACACAUCUUCUGUCUGCAUCUUCAGAUGGAACAGCAAGAGUUUGGAACAUGGAAAAUUUUGAAUUCUCUGAGAAACUCCUUCCCCAUCCUGGCUUUGUGUACACAGCAAAAUUUCACCCCCGACUGGACACUGUGAUUGCCACGGGAGGUUAUGAUCAGGUGAUCCGUGUUUGGGACAUCAGUGGUCCAGAGCAACAUGGAGUUCUGAAACAGGAAAUAGAGGACCAUAGAGGGCUAGUAAACACACUGAUAUUUGAAGAAGAUGGUGGAAAGAUGUAUUCUGGAGACAGUGCAGGAAAUGUCCUAAUAUUCAAUGUGUUUGUUGGUGAACAAGAACCUAGAUUAGGAUGGGAGAGAGACUGGACGCUUUACCAAAAAAUAUUUGACCCCGAGCUUAAGGAUGUCCCCAUAAACUGCCUGACCCUUCAUCAGAAUGGGAGACGACUCCUGGUACACAGCAGGGACAACAUCAUCAGAAUGUUUGAUCUCAGGGUACAAAGAGUGAUGCAGAAAUACAUUGGUGCCCUGAAUUUUAGAGAAGAAAUUCACAGUACUUUGACUCCAUGUGGGUCAUUUGUCUUCGCUGGGAGUGAGGAUAAUUUUGCGUAUGCCUGGAACACAGAGACAGGUGACCAGGUGGCCAUGUUCUCUGAGCUGAAUUAUCAGUACCCUGUGACAGAUGUGGAGUAUCACCCUAGAGACCACAUGAUGGCGCUGUGUUCCCUGGGUGACAACCAACCAAUCCUCAUCUAUAACUAUGAUCCUCACAUUGCUCAGAUAGAUGCUGGAUUAUCCCCUAGACAAAUCAAUGUACCAGAGUACACACAACCUGAAGAGAUUUCACAUUCUACUACAUUACCUGGGUCCCCUAGAAAAGAGGACACAAUGAAAGCCACAUCAACUCUAGGAACCAGAAUUCUGACAAAAGAUGAAUUCCAGGCACAUGCUACCGCCAGAUUUGAGAAAGUGAUGAGAAAACUCAAUAGUGCUACAGCUCAGAUAACUGCCCCUGCCAUGGAUCUGCCUGGGGUUCCACUUUCUACCCCACGCAUGGGCCACACGGGAUUGAUGAUGGGUUCCAUGACCCCUAGAACCAUGAUGGCCUCCCCUCAGGCAUUCUCACCCCAUGCAUCUCGUACCAUGACUGGUAUCAUGCAGCAGCAGCAGUUCUCCAAUCAAAACCUUUAUCUGAAGACCGGAGAUACUGAUUGGAGACCAGGAUUUACAGAGGUUGGUCGCCAUGGUGCAAGAAGCUCUAGUCCAACGUUUGUUGGCAGAGCACCAACAAUCUCCCUCACACAACAACAAGGUGGGAAAGCCCAGUUCUCCUUCCAAGCUCCUGCUGGUAAAUCAGUCGGCCAGAAACAGGUGGUAGCCCUGUAUGACUACAGAGCCCAGCGUUCUGAUGAGCUGACAAUAUUUAAGGGAGAUGUUAUAACUGUACUUUACAAAGACAAUGAUAAUUGGUGGAUGGGAGAACUCCCUGAUGGUCAGCAAGGGUUCUUUCCCUCCAGCUAUGUGGCUGAAGAGGAUUCAGACAGCAUUGCAGACAACAGACCUAUUGAUGACAGUGAUGAGGAUGAUGAUGAAACAGCAGUCAAGAAAAAGUACACGGCCUACAGAACUAAGACCGGUGAGCUGAAGUUCCUGUCUGGUGCUGAGGAAUCUGAUGAAGACCUACUGGAAGCCAAGCCAAAAAAGAAGAAUCGCGGAGACGUGGGUACAGGAAGCGAGGUAGACUUGACGGGGUCCCUGGAUAGCAAGGGCAAGAAGAAAAAGCAUGUAGUCAUCAAUGAGUCAACUGCCUGAUUACAAAACAAAACAAUAUUAUUCCUUUUUUUCACUGUGAUAUGUGAUCAGCUAAUGAGGUUGUAUUUACAAUAUAUUAAUAUUAUUAUUCUCUGCAGCUUAGUUCAGGAAUUUCAUUAGAUAUGUGACUUAUGUAGAUUUUUUUCAAUCUUUAAAACAACAUGAUAUGAUUCAGUAGCUGAUUUAUGAAAGUAAAAGUCAUGAAAUGUUAAAAAAAAAAAACAAAACUACAAUAUUUUAAAUGAAACAGAAUACAUACAUAAAACACGAAAGAAAUUUGUGAUAUUUCCUAUUUUUCACAUAAUAAGAUUUUGUGAUGGAUUAAAGUAUUCAUAAAUGUGUGACAAUGUUCAAAGCUUUUCAUUACAUUUUUGAACUUUUGUUUACUGAAUUUAAGUUAUUUACUGAUCUUGCAGUGAAUGAUCAAAAAGAAUUAUAGAAAAUGGUGCUCUAAAUCAUUAAAAUAUAUGCAGGAAUCAUGCAUACAUGCUAGAAAUAAUUAGAGAAGUGCUGAUUUUGCAGUUGUUGGCUAAUCAAGAAGGUCUAAUUAGAUAUUGUAUAACUAAACGUUUUAUCAGGUUGUUACCAAUGUGCCAAAGAUAUUUCUUGUACAUAAUUCUCAGAUGAUAUUUUUGUAUUUUUGUUACAUAAUUUAUACGUUUAGUAAUCAGUAGAUGUAUUUAUUUGUAUGUACAUUAACUUCAAGUAGAUCUGUGUAAUUCUCAUUGUACACUUUGUUGAGCCGUCCUGCAUUGAAAUGUAAAAUUCCAAUUGCAUUAUGCAAUCUGUGUUUGUCUUAGGUAAAUGAAUUUACUGUGAUACUUAGAAAAUGCUUCCCUCCAAAUUGACAUGUUUUCCCAGGUUUUUAUUCACAUUAGGAGCUAUUACAUGGUUUUUAUAGUGAGUACAGACAAUGAUAUUGACAAAUUUGACAAGUUUUACCAUCGAUAAUGCAAUUACACCUCAUAACUAUCUUCAUUAAUCAAUAGGCACCGUUUAAAUAAAACAUCAAAAUAUUUGCACAGAAAUGAUGUUAAAAAGAGAAGUUUUUUUUCAGCUGAUUUUAUAAUGUAGAAAAUUGAGUUUCAAAUCAUUGAUUAUUGAAAGGUUGGAUAAGAGUCUUGUUUGAACAGAUGAUUUUUCAUGAUGCAACAUACAACUAUGAGUUUCUCCUCAGUACUGUGUGACACAUAGGUGAUUCUGUCUCAUUGCCUGUGUAGCCAUUAUCUUACUUUAAAUACAGCCAUCUUUGUAUUUGAACAUGGACUAGCUGUUUUCAACAUACAGAAAUUCUUUUGUUGAGGCUUAAUUUAUAUGUACAUGUUUUUUUUUUUAUUUCUUUCAAACUAAAAAAAAUGGGUACUAGUAUGUGGGUGAUCAUUUUGGUAAAAAAAAAUGUGAUAGUUUUUUUUUAAUGUGAAAAUAUUCCUGUGUAGACAUCUAUAUACAUGUAUUAAAUUCAGUUAUGACUCACCGUAAGUUUUAAAUAGAAUCUCCAGUUAGAUGACCAAUAUUUUACAUUUCAGUUAUCAACAGAUAUUAAAUUUGGUUAUUGGGUUUUUUAUGCUAUUAUUUUAACUUAGAUCUAAAGCAAGAUUGUACUGAACUUGAUGACCAAGAGUUUUGCUAAGUUUCAGUUUAUUCAUUAAUUUUAACUCAAUGAAGUCCACUUUUUCUCCUAGAAAUGAACUAGUCAUUUGGGUUGAAAUUAGACUAACUCAGCACAUAUUCUAUGCAAAAAUAGUUUUUGAUGGCUAAAUUAGAUAGAUAUAUGAAUGUACAUGUAAUUGAUAUAAAAUGAUGUCAUUCAUACAAAUUAGAUAAUAAAUUUUAAAUCAGAAA